AUGGAUAUGGUUGGUUCUUGGGUCGGUGAAGAAGAAAUAGUUGGAGAUGAGGAGCUGGUUGGAUUUGAUGUUGGUUCUCUCGUUGGGGACCCCGUAGGAUCACCAGAUGGGUUGACAGAGGGAGUCUCUGAAGGUGCAGUAGACGGAGUACUCGUCGGGACACCUGAUGGAUCCAAGCUAGGCACAGUAGAUGGAUUUACACUGGCAGAUGGGGGUGCAGAUGGAGACAGAGAUGGCUCAUGUGAUGGCUCAUGCGAUGGCUUAUUUGAUGGUACAUUGGAUGGAACCAUCGAUAUGGUUGGUUCUUGGGUCGGUGAAGAAGAAAUAGUUGGAGAUGAGGAGCUGGUUGGAUUUGAUGUUGGUUCUCUCGUUGGAUACCCCGUAGGAUCACCGGAUGGGGCCACAGAAGGAGUCUCUGAAGGUGCAGUAGACGGACUACUCGUCGGGAUAUCUGAGGGAUCCGAGCUUGGUACAGUAGAUGGAUUUACACUGGCGGAUGGGGGCGCUGAUGGAGAAGCAGAUGGCUCAUUUGACGGCUUCUUUGAUGGUGCAUUUGAUGGAACCAUGGAUCUGGUUGGUUCUUGGGUUGGUGAAGAAGAAAUGGUUGGAGAUAAAGAGCUGGUUGGACGCUGGGUUGGCCGGUUUGUGGGUUGGAGACUAGGCAACGAGGACUGCGAAGGGGCGUUGCUCGGCUGGGAUGAUGGAGUUUGA